GGAGCGUUCGGCAAAAUCCAUUUCCAUGUCGCGCCCGUCGCGUUCGUCGCUGUCGGCCUCGACGCCGGACUCACUCAGCGAUAACGAAAGCGGUAUCGGAACUCCGGGACGCUUCCAGACGCCAGGCCGCAAAACUUCAGUGCCAGCUAGUCGACCGCAAAUGACACCCGGUGGCUCGAGGGCCAACUCGCGGCCCAGUUCGCGGCCGGCCAGCCGUACCGGGUCGAAACCACCGUCACGCCACGGUUCGACCCUAUCGCUCGACAGCACCGACGAUGGGACCCCGUCGCGCAUUCCAACCCGCCGCCUAACGCAAACGUCCACCCCGCGUCCAUCGCGGCUGUCGGUGGGAUCCGUCUCCGGGCGUCCCGCGACCACAACGGGCACGAACGGGGUCUCGUCCAGGACGGCUUCUGGGGCUGCGUCACCCGCGCCCACGAGGAACGGUGGCAUGAGUCGUUCAUCCAGCAUACCGACACUAAUAGGACUACCAAAUAGCAGGAAAACCAGCGGUGCCUCUACGCCCUCCGGGAUGCAGACACCGCGCCGACCAUCGGUGGACCCCGGUACGCCCGGUAGCACAACGACGACCACCACCACCCGUCCGGAUCGCAACUCGCGCGGUUCGACACCGAGUGAAAAGCGUGCCCCAUUCCGACUGUAAGCUGCUGCUCUGGGGAACUGGAAAGGAGGAGCGAUUCGAGUCAGCAUGUAAGAUACCAAGACACACACACAGACACCGCCAGUGAUAAAUCGGUUGCCGGAAAAUCAGUUUCGCUAUCCACGUCCAUCACGACGCAAAAACACGAUAUCGACGACAACGACGACGACGAA